AUGGUCGCGUCGUGUUUCACUUGGCAUGAUAUUCGAAAUAUUGCAGUAUAUUUUCAUGAAGGAAACUACUCACAUGUUGGUUUGAAAAGUGCAAACUAUGCAAGAAAAGGGGUGGUAAUGAAUGAAACUGUUCACAAGGUUGUGAAACACUCUUCGACAGCCCACGACCGACCUCGUCCUUCUUGGGGCUUAUCAGGUAGGCGCAGUCCCCGAACUGAUUUUGACAAAUGCACUCAUUUGCAAAUCAAUUUGGUUUUCACGGGUAACUCAACUGAAUCUCUCGUUUAUGACAUUCCUCAGCUGAAUAUACUGCACAAUAGUCGCCUCAUCUUUCAGUUGGUACGACAUUCGAGUGUCGAAAUAUUUUAUUACCGUAAACGCCAGAAUCAGUUGAGUCUCCAUCCUGACCGACGGGUCAAUCGAUCGUCACAACCAGGACAGUUACUGGGUCGUUGUUCGGUUAGUCGGGCACAUCAAUCACAUCGCUCAAGUGUGAACACGUUCGCCUGUUCAGACGUGAAAAUUCAGGCGCGCCCAACGUACGUUGGUGGAGUAGUGGUUACACGCUCGCCUCGCAUGUCAGAUGUCCGGGGUUCCUAUCCCGGCACGGCCAUUGAAUAUGCACUGCUGAUGAGCUCUACUAAGAGCGGAACUCGAAUCCAGUGCUUCUCUUUGGUGUGGACUCACCGGAAUAACUACGCCAGGACAGGAGGACGGCCGUUCAAACGAGAGUGA